CCACUGCAGUGUCAGGCCACGCCCCUCGUCGUUAACGGCAAAAUGGCGGCGGAGCAGUGUGAUGCUGUGAACAUGGACCCAGAUCUGGAAAUCAUCAGUGACGAAGAACUAGAAAGGGAAGCAGAGGGUUUCAAAGAGCAAGGAAAUGCAUUUUAUGUCAAGAAAGAUUAUGCAGAAGCGUUCAACUUCUACACUAAGGCAAUUGACAUGUGCCCCAAAAAUGCGAGUUACUAUGGAAACCGCGCCGCCACGCUGAUGAUGUUGUGUAGAUACAGAGAGGCUCUAGAAGAUGCACAACAGGCCGUUCGACUAGACCAGAACUUCACAAAGGGUCAUCUGCGAGAGGGUAAGUGUCACUUGUCUCUGGGAAAUGCGAUGGCGGCGAUUCGUUGUUUCCAGCGUGUUUUGGAGCUUGAGCCAGAAAACAGUCAGGCGCCGCAGGAGAUCAGAAAUGCAGAAUCCAUUCUUGAAUUUGAGCGAAUGGCGGAGAUUGGAUUUGACAAGAGAGACUUCAGAAUGGUUGUGUUUUGCAUGGACCGUGCCUUGGCCACAGCCAUCGCCUGUCACAGGUUCAAGAUCCUGAAGGCCGAGUGUUUAGCCUUAUUAGGACGGUACCCAGAGGCCCAGUCUGUAGCAAGUGACAUCUUGCGUAUGGACUCCACAAACGCCGACGCACUUUAUGUGCGAGGGUUGUGUUUGUAUUAUGAGGACUGCAUCGAUAAGGCAGUUCAGUUCUUCGUUCAGGCGCUGCGCAUGGCUCCGGACCACGACAAGGCUCGACUCGCCUGCAGAAAUGCCAAAGCACUAAAAGCCAAGAAGGAGGAAGGAAACAAGGCUUUUAAGGAAGGAAACUAUGAAGCAGCCUACGACCUGUACUCCGAGGCUCUCACAAUAGACCCCAACAACAUCAAAACUAAUGCCAAACUGUACUGUAACAGAGCCACUGUGGGGUCUAAGCUGAAGAAACUAGACCAGGCCAUUGAAGACUGCUCCAAGGCCAUUAAACUGGACGAUACCUACAUCAAGGCCUAUUUAAGGAGAGCACAGUGUUAUAUGGACACAGAACAGUUUGAAGAAGCAGUUCGGGACUAUGAAAAGGUUUACCAGACAGAGAAGACAAAAGAACAUAAGCACCUUCUAAAAAAUGCUCAGUUGGAGUUGAAGAAAAGCAAACGGAAAGAUUAUUAUAAAAUCCUGGGAGUGGAAAAGAACGCCACAGAAGAUGAAAUCAAAAAGGCCUAUCGCAAACGAGCGCUUUUACACCACCCAGACCGUCACAGCAGUGCGACCCCUGAGAUGCAGAAGGAGGAGGAGAAGAAGUUUAAGGAGGUGGGUGAAGCGUUCAGUGUUCUCUCAGACCCAAAGAAGAAAUCUCGCUACGACACGGGACAGGACCUGGAGGACGACGGCAUGAACGUGGGAGAUUUUGAUGCCAACAACAUCUUCAAGGCGUUCUUCGGUGGCCCCGGUGGAUUUAGUUUUGAAGCAUCUGGACCUGGCAAUUUCUUUUUCCAGUUUGGUUAAUGGGAACAUCAACACCUAAAGACACUUCAACAACCCCCAAAACUCACUAUUUGUAUUUAAAAAUCUGGCUGUUUACAAGUCAGUUCCUGUCUAUGCCAUGGACUGAAUGAAUGCAACCCUUUGACCACCACCUGCAGCAAAACAAUUUGGCGCCCCCUAUAGGAACAACUGUCAAAUAUCUCAUCUCAGGCUGAAUUCAAAUUUUGAUUGGGCAAUGUUCUUUUUUUAAAAUUAUACAAACUUGAUAGUAAGAAAUGGCUGCUUGAAACUGUCUAUAAGGAAGAGUUUUGUGCAGCUAAAUUUUCAAAUACAAUACUAAAUUCAAUAUAUUAUUUUUGAAACUUGAUAAAAAGGGAAAGCUAUUGACUGGCUUGUCUCUACUUAUGCUGGGGGUACGCAUGAAAGUUACUGGCUUACUUCAUGAUUAUUUUGUUUUUAAAUAGUGGGCAAAAAUCACCUCCUAUUUUCAAAGACUUCUGGACAGUGCCUCCUCAUUAAAAAAAUGGAGCGCUUGGACAUUUAAAAUUGACAAAGCUGACCCUACACUUAAAAAAAAUUAUGACUCGACUUUGACUUUAAAGCUACCAUCUGUAAUUACUGGCCGACCCGCCCCUGUUGUAUUCUCACAUAUCACUACUAAUGCUACCUAAGUUACUGCUGUUUGAUAGUAAGGCUGUUUCGGCCUUACAGAAGAAGGCCAGAGAGCACAGGUGAGCCUGAACAAAGGAGAGGGGAGGGGGGCACAGGUUUCACAUCUGCCACCUACUGGUUAAAUACAGAUAAACUUGCAGGUGGUAGCUUUAAGUAAACCGAUUACCGAUCAUCUUUUCCCAUCUUACUUUUUCUGUUCAUCAAAAGCAAUCUUCUUAGUUAUUCUACUUAAAUAUUUUCAAUGAACACAAAUGUGAAAGAACAAGCAUUAUGAUUAACAUCAACGUUUCAUUUUUUUGAGUGUAGGGGAGUCCAUUUAAGGUUUUUUUUUUCAAUCGUUUAAGCACAGUUUUUGAAACUUGGUUUAGUUUGAUCGUCUGAUUCAGACAUGUACCUUUACGGGCACAGGUGGCCAAACCCUUUUGAACUUUUCAGUUCACACAGUUCUCAGGCUUUUUCUUAGUACAUUUGACACAGUUCUCAUUCAGACACACACACGGUCAUUGAAUUCAGCUUGGGGUUUUUUUUGUUUUUUUUCCAGUACUACAGGACUAAACUCUCAAUAUGGAAACUCAAACAUCACAGCAAAGAGGACAGUUUGUGAGCCUUUCACACGUGGAUGAAACAGGGAGAAGGAGCUCAGCAGAGCGCAGACAGAAGAGGGCAAUAUAGAGACAUCCUCCUUACAGUAUAUAUCAGUGAGAUGUAAACGGCUUGUCUCAUUUUACAUAAAGAACACGCAUUACAAAAGUGUUGAUGUGCUUUUCCAUAUUUCACUUCACAUAUUUUUUGAUUGUGUACGGCAAAAUCUACUCCGCAAUUGGCAAUGUCUAUUUAUUAUUUAUUUUACAAAUAUAGACUGCUUUAGACAAAACAAAACACAGCCCCAAAUUCAUCUGUGUAAAGUGUGUAAAGUCAGUGACCACAGAAUCACUGGUUUUGUGUCAUCUCACAGCAGGACUAAAGGUUUUGAGCUACACCGAAAACACAUGACCAAAGUCUGAGAUUUGAGGGAUGAUUGAUCAGUUUUGCUGGUCUAAGUGUUUGAGUGGGAAAACUAAAAUUCUGUUUAAGAUUUUCUGAGCUGUUCUUCAAAUGUCAAUUUUCAAUACUGUCAAAGCGAUUGAAAAAAACUAAGCACACUACAAAGACGGAGAGGGGCUAAGAUGGCCGCCCGUCUCCUUGUCACAUGUUUUAUGUUUGAUGUUGCCAUUCACAAAUUGCUGCAAUGUACAUUUUACUGGAAUGUAAAGUGAUGAUUUGUGAUAGUUAUGUUUUCCUUUUUUAUUUUGUAUAUUUAUUGUAAAUUUGCAAUGUAUGAUGACACUUGAUGUUUUUGACAGAAUCGCCAGUGAAGUAUUUGGUCCCUAACUAUUACUGUCUGGUGUCUCUGAAAUUUAAAGCAGAAUUUAAGGAAACACAAAAAUGGAUUUAGGAGAACAGAAACAUGGCGGAAGUGGUAACCUCCAGAGAAAUGCUGUGAUUUUUGUUAAAAGCGGGGAAGCUGUAGUCAUCUUUAGCUCACAGUUUUCACUCUUAUAGUGAAAACCAUCUUCUCUUUGACCUUUAAGUACCAGCCAUGUCAAUAAAGUUGGCCUCUUCUGGGUUUUCCCCAUAAA